UUCUCUAACUCUGUCCCCCACGCAAUGCAUCCACAAAAAUGGACACUGGACCAGACAUUGAAAUUACACAGCACAUGGUCCAAGACAAAUCCCUGAAACCAGGAAUAACACAAGACUAUGAAACACGAAGGACACAGAGGUCACUCUGCAGCAGCACUAAAUUUCUCACUACAUGACAGUUAAAGCCAUUGUGGGGCCCUGUGAGAUUUAUAUUUAUAUGAGUGAAGUGAUACGUUUGCAUAAAUGGUUGGAUAUCAGGACAGUGUUUAAGCUGCAGAAUGCUUUAGGUUUAUAAUGCGAGCUGCGUUUUUUAUGAUAAACCACAGCUGAAGCCACUCGCAAACUCGUUCGCACAAACAGUGCGCUGCAUCCAAACCCGCAUGCAUAUCGCUGUGCAUCCAGCACAUGGGGGCUACCUAUAUUUAGCUGUAUAUAUGCUAAAAUACAUCAAGUGGAGCUGUGCAUUUGGGUAGUUGGUUGGCGUUGGUAAGCCGUGGCCGUGCCUGGAUCGGGCCCGGAGCUGGAUCUGUAAAUAGUGACUGACUGCGGUUCUGCUGGGACUCAGCAACACUCUAAUUAAGCUCUGUCGCAUAACGAGGCUCACUGCUGUUUCGUGGCACUCGAUUAGUAGCUUGUGGUCAGCUGAGGCUGUAGUUUAGGGGUUUGUGGAGGAGGGAGAUCACAUCUGGGGCAAGGAGUACGGUAGCAUAACAGCAACAACAGAGCUGGCAACACCGAGCGUUAAAGAGGCAACCCUGCGACGAGUCUCCCUGAUUAAAAUCCAAUCAUAUCUUAUGGGUAUUUUAUAGAGAUCAGAAACACACUUGUAUGGACUUUUGGGGGUUUUGUAGAAUUAUUUAUACUCCACUGAUGAGGGGUGAGGAUUGAGAGGAGCUUAAAGGGGAUGUACAGGAUUGGUAAGCAAGUCAAGUAUAAAAAUGAUUUGGUUUGACCUCAGAAAAUGAUUGACAGUGAAAAUAUUGCAUUUCUUUUGGAGAAAAUAGGAGAAAAACACGUCUCGGUUUAUCCAAAAGCAAGAGCGACAACCCUUUUUUAGGAUAUCAAUUAGACAGUUCAAUUUGAUAUUUAUUCAACAGGUCAUAAGUUAUAUCUUUCAAUUUAAAGCUAGAAAAUGUAUGUGUAUAUUUUUGUGUGUAAGGGGGAAUCCCCUAGAGUGAAAGUGGUCUCUUGGACUUGGACUGGCUUUAAUGCUACUUAAAAGUUUAGAUAUGUACAUACACACAAAAGUUUGUAUAAAUGCACUGUACGUACAGUUGAAUGCCAGGAAUUUUUGUGGUCGUGUAAGUUUGUAUGCGGGUGAUUGAGUUGUUCAGACACUGUGCCAGAGGUGCGUGGGUGUUUAUUUGAGCCUUCAUGACAAGUGGAAGUGGAAAGUUGACAUUUGAGUCCCCAGCCAAUCAGAGGAUUAUAUCAUUGUGUGGGUCUGGCCUGACAAAGGAGGAGGACUACAGUAUAUAAUGAUCUCGUAUUUGGGGAAAGGAACAGAGUGAACCACUGAAGGAAAGCUUCGAAGAGAAAGCUUCAAGACAAAAACUAGUCUACAGCAAGAGACCAACUAAAAAGGCAUCAUGAAGACUCUGACUCUCCUCCUCAUCUCUGCUCUUCUGACAGUGUGCUGGUCCAUGUCCAUGGGAGCUGUGGAGCCAGAUGUGAUCGUGGACCCUGAAGCUGACACAGCGGCUGAUGAUGCAACCGCUGACCCAGCAACUGCUGCCGCCGAAUCAUCCUCUGAGUCUUCUUCUUCCUCCGAGUCCAACUCGUCUUCAGACUCUUCAGCGUCUGAUUCCGACUCAGGCUCAGACUCAUCAGCCUCUUCUUCCUCCUCCUCUGAAUCAUCCGAGUCAUCUGAGUCUUCUGAGUCCGACUCUUCUGCCUCCGAUUCCUCCUCUUCAUCUUCAUCUUCAUCCUCUUCCUCUUCAUCAGAAUCAGCCAGUGUUGAGGCAACCACAGAGGCUCAGGUGUUAGUGAAGAGAGACCUUGCGUCUAUUCUCCUGAGGAGAAGAAGACAGGCCCCAGCUGGAGACCUCACCCUGCUGCAGAUGGAAAGACUGAGUGAGGUGUGUGAGACAAACAUGGCCUGUGACGAGAUGGCUGACACUCAAGGAAUUGUUGCAGCGUACACCGCCUACUAUGGACCCGUCAACGUCUAAGUUCUGAAGCCUUUAAAAAAAAUCUAUACAAGAACUGUUUUCUCUGUCUUAUUUUUUUAAAACAACUACCCCCCUCUGAAUCCAGACAAGGAGCAGACUAUUGUAACAAAUAAAAUGGCAAAUAAUGGGUUUGGCCCAUGUUUUGGUGUUAGGUGGAGCACAUCUGAAGCACAAACGCUUGCACAAGUGACCAAAUUUAGCGGUCCUAAAUGAAAAAGGCCUCCUGCAGGCAGAUAGAAAAAGGCACAUGGAAACGCAAGCCUGUGAAGUAUGAAGUAGCCCACACAUUGAUAAAUUAUUCUCCACUCUAUGGUAUUGUUUUAUAAAUGGUGCUACAAGUGCAGAUUUGUUGUUUUUUAAUAUGUUGAUGUUUUUAUAUUGUGCUUUACUGUUACUUUAGCUAUAAGUAGAAGUUCUUGUAAGUAGUGGAUGUAGAACUGUAGUUUAGUGGAAAUGCAUUGAUAGUUGUAGUGUACAGUGUGCGAAAUGCACAUGGGUUAUCUGAAAUGACUGUAACCACAAAUUGCCUCUGGGUUUGAAAAUAAUAAAUUAUUUUCCAAA